GCCGCCGCCGCGCCGGAGACACCGACCGCGGCGGCAGCAGCAGCAGCAGCAGCAGCGAGAGGCAGAGGCGGCGGCGGCGGGGAGAGCACGGCCAAGGCUGCCCAGCGGUGUCUCCUCCACACCCCCCGCCGCAGCAGCACCGGCGACAGAUUUUUAAAAAAAUGGAUUUGGCCAACCAUGGACUUAUUCUCCUGCAACAGUUAAACGCUCAGCGAGAGUUUGGUUUCCUGUGUGACUGCACGGUUGCCAUCGGCGAUGUGUACUUCAAGGCACACAAAUCAGUUCUUGCUUCAUUCUCCAAUUACUUUAAGAUGUUGUUUGUCCAUCAGACCAGUGAGUGUGUCCGUUUGAAACCAACUGACAUACAGCCAGAUAUUUUCAGCUAUCUCUUACAUCUGAUGUACACAGGAAAGAUGGCGCCUCAGCUGAUUGAUCCCGUUCGGUUAGAACAGGGGAUCAAGUUUCUGCACGCUUACCCACUGAUCCAAGAAGCUAGCCUGGCCAGCCAAGGAGCCUUUUCUCAUCCCGACCAAGUUUUCCCGCUGGCCUCUUCCCUGUACGGCAUUCAGAUUGCAGACCAUCAGCUGAGACAAGCCACCAAGAUCGCUUCGGCACCCGAGAAACUCGGGCGAGACCCACGGCCGCAGACCUCCAGGAUGAGCCAGGAGCAGGUGCCCGAGGCCCCACCGCUGUCUCAGCUGACGUCCAAUCUGGCCCAGGUGAAUCGGACACAUCUGACUCCCUCGGACCCCCUGCAGACCUCGCUGUCUCCAGAACUCGUUUCCACUCCCGUGCCCCCCCCUCCCCCUGGGGAGGAGACCAAUCUGGAAGCCUCUUCGUCCGACGAACAGCCCGCAUCCCUCACCAUAGCCCACGUCAAGCCGAGCAUCAUGAAGAGGAACGGAAGCUUUCCCAAGUACUACGCCUGCCACCUGUGCGGCCGGCGCUUCACCCUCCGCAGCAGUUUGCGGGAACACCUCCAGAUUCACACCGGCGUACCUUUCACGUCCAGCCAGCCGGGAGAAAGCCGCGUGCCCCUGUCUCUUUGUAGCAACACAGCCGACCUGGGCAAAGACACCAUGGAAGUGCCUGAGGCUGGGAUGAUAAGUGACAGUGAGCUGCAGCACAUCUCCGACUCUCCCAUCAUCGACGGGCAGCAGCACUCGGAGACGCCCCCGCCCUCGGACAUCGCGGACAUUGACAACUUGGAGCAGGCGGACCAAGAGAGGGAGGUAAAGAGACGCAAGUAUGAGUGCACGAUAUGCGGCCGAAAGUUUAUCCAGAAGAGCCACUGGAGGGAGCACAUGUACAUACACACCGGGAAGCCUUUCAAAUGCAGCACUUGUGACAAGAGUUUUUGCAGGGCCAACCAGGCCGCCCGGCACGUAUGCCUCAAUCAGAGCAUCGACACGUACACCAUGGUGGACAAACAGACUCUGGAACUCUGCACGUUUGAGGAAGGGAGUCAGAUGGACAACAUGUUGGUACAGACCAACAAACCCUACAAAUGCAACUUGUGUGACAAAACGUUCUCCACUCCCAAUGAGGUUGUUAAACAUUCGUGCCAAAACCAGAACUCGGACGUCUUCGCCCUGGACGAGGGGCGGUCCAUUCUGCUGGGCAGUGGGGACGCAGAAGUAACGGAACCUGACCACCCAGUGUUAGCUUCCAUCAAAAAGGAACAGGAAACAGUGUUGUUAGACUGAAUGUUACCUAUCUUUUUAAAAACUGUCGUUUUUACAGAGACUGUCUCCUUUCCCUUGCCCCAAUUCAGAACUGUAGUUCUCCAUGGCAUGAUACAAACAGGUCCCUGGUCCCUUUGUCCACCUCACCCCCUCCUCCCCAACCCCAGCCCUUCCUCCGUAAAGGCUUUGUGCAUUAUAAACCUGGAACAUGUUUACUUUAAUUCAGGGGAUAUUGGAAAGAUAAUGGUCAGUAGUACUUAUAAACUCAAAUAGAUUUUGAGACGUUUUAGAUGAUUUAAAAGCAAACUUGGAACUAAUGAAGGGUCUGUUAACAAAACACAACAACUAGAAUGCAAUUUGGUAAGCUAGAAUUAUGACUCUCCCUGGGUAAGAAGUCUUCCUUCUCAGAAAGUGUUGGAAAAUACAGCAUGCUUCUUAGAGAUACAGCUGGGCUGUGUACUAUGCAAAAUCUAGGUGUGGGGGAAACUUUUAACCCAAGAAAACACUCUCAGUAUUUAUUCUCCAGGUGUCUUAUUUCAGAAUGCAUCCUUUGAGAUUAUGUCCAGUCGAGAAAAAUCAUUAGUUAAGAAAUCUACUUGAACAGAACACAAGAGAGAAAAAGUAAUAAUGUGAUGGCAAUCUUAAUUUUUGGAUAGAACAUGACAAAGCUGUGAGUUGUGUGUGUUUGUAAGAGAAAAUGUGUGGGUAUUCGCUAUAAACAGGUGAAUUAAUGCACAUGCCUUAGCUAAUUGCUGGCUUCUUUCAAAGUUGAACAGUAUCAAAACUCUCUGUUUCAGUUUCUGACAAAUCUGUCGGUUGUUUUAAAAAUCAGAUUUGAAAGUCCUGUGCAGUAGAUUGUCUUUCAGAAUAGAAAAUGACACGCUAUUCCAGCAGUUGCCAGUGUUAAAUCUGUUUUAGCACCAACCAGCUGCUUCAAAUCAGUGUGUGCACGUAGGAACGUGAAUCCUAGAGGGGAAGUUGUGAGCAAAGCAUGUGGUGACUUUAAUGACUUUAAAAGUUAAUGCUAAUAGUUUACUGGCAACAUUUGUUGAAGCAUCAAAAAUGGCAAAGAAAAAUCAGGACAAAAACGCCUAAUUGCUGAUUGGAAAAAACAAAAAAAACAAAAAAAAAACAACAACUUGAUUUUGAUGUUAGUCUCCACUUUUUUUUUUUUUUUAAACACCUGAAAUUUCCUCCAUUGGCCUGAAAGCAGUAAACUGUGUCCACGAAUCUUUCCUUACGCCAAUGACAGAAUGGUCUCACAGAACUAAACAGGAGCCAGAAAUAAGGACCGAAGGGGAAAGGGAAAAACAGUUCAUAGCUGUGCUGUACGUAUAUGUUAAAAACUGAAUAUCCCGUCAUCCUGUUUCAUGUAUAGUUGAGUUCGCAGAUUUGUAAGUUUUUAUACAUACUUUCAUGGAAUAAACAUUUAAUUAAGUGAGUA